AUGAGAUCCAAAGACGGCUAUGAAAUUGGUAACAUCAUCUCAUUUCUGAAUGUACACCGCUGUUUCAAUUGCUCAAAAAGAUACAAAACGUUGAAUAGUCUUCGCAGACAUCGGAGAGUGGAAUGUGGAAAAACGAAAGAUGUUAUCUGUGCAAUUUGUAACCAUUCCUUCUAUUAUAAGCAAGAUCUACAAAAGCACAUACACAAAAAGCAUUGAGAACAUGCAAAUCUGCCCAACGAGAACUACAUCAUAGAAGAAUCAUAUCCCUGCCAAAAAUCAGUUUGAAACGAAUAGCAACGGAAGAUUCAUGUGCCCUCAGUGUCCCUCCUCCUAUAAGCAGAGGGCCCAUCUGAAGAGGCACCUCAUAUACGAGUGCGGAGUGGAACCGAAAUUCAGGUGUCAUGUUUGCAACAGGAGAUUCAAACAAAAGGGUCAUCUCAAGUCUCAUCUCCUGAUGGUACAUUAUUGAGGGUGUUGUUAUCCGGUAUUGUCCCAGUCGGCUUUAUAACCAGCCAUGGUGAGGGAAAUGCAACACUGCAUCGCCGUGAUCCGAAAGUCCUACUCUCGACCGUCAUCUGAACACGGAAUGAUAUACAGGGUGUCCUAUAAUUAGCGUGCAAUACUUCACCAGCAGAUCAAACGAUUGCAAAUAUGAAAAAAAAAUCCUAUAAACAUAGGUCGAACAAUGUCUCAUAAGCGAG